AGCGAGAAAAGUCAAUAAUAUUGAAGGUAAAAAGGGAAGAAAGAUGGUUUUUUAAAUCCCCAAAGAGAUUAAACAACGAUGUUUUUGGUUGGUUUAUCGAUUUCGAGCGGAUUGAUCGCGUUUGUUCCCGUUUCUGCACUGUUGGUAUCCUGAAUAAGGACCGCUUUAUGUGACUCGUGUCCACUGUUAUCUUUCUCAUUAUCUCAGAAGGUGGGACAGAUUUUAUACCUGUAGUUUGUGACUUACCUGGCUGAGGUACAAGUAAUAUACAUCUUCAUCAGCCCUCAGGGAACAAACGAUUUAUUUGUUUUCUAUUGCGUGUCUGACCCCAAAGGAGCUGGUGGUUUUAUGCUGUGCGUUGGAAGAAGGAAAACAGAGAGGUGCAAAUGUGCUUUCAUAUCUGUGCCUGUUUGAUAAAUUUUGCGUCGACGCCCGCGGCUAUAUAAGAACUAAAUCAUUUGUUAUAAGAUAAAAGGUAAAUUCAGUGUGUAUAUCGUAAAUAAAGCGCGCUCGAAUGAAACUUAUUUUAGCCAGAAGUAAAAAGAAUUGUGCAUCUCCGCUAUGAUCCCCGAGUCAGUGAGUGAAUCUGUUACAAAUGUCCCUGUGCCCAAUUAUCGGGAAGACUCGGACAUUAGUGUGCUUUUGUUUAAAGUCAUGAAAAGAUUCCAUGAAGAGGUCGACUUCAAACCAGUGCUGAAACCUGUCCACCACAAGGACACAAUCGUGUGUUUCAAAGACUGCACAAAGAGGCGUUUUGUUAGCAAGACUUACUAUGAACCAAGGGUGAAGCCAAAGGUAUUUUCAGAAACCAUGGUAAUAUAUCCAAAAAGCCCCGAGCGGACGUUUGUGACAUUGCUGGAUUAUCACAUUGAUGAGUGCAGAAAGUGGUUCAAAACUACCUUGGAAUUCAAGGCCCGGACUUACACAAGCAGUAAAAUUAUGAAGGACAGUGGAUAUGGGUCAGAUUUGGAUUCGUCGAGCGAGGAAGAGGUGGAGAUAAAACAAAUAGAGACUGGACCAGGAGCCUCACAGGUGUACAUCCCACGAUUCGAAAAACAGCAAGCCAAAAGUGACGAUUUCAGGGCAAUAGAAGAACAGAUUCUAGUCAAUGGAUUUAUGGAUUAUGAAUGUUAGCUUUAAUUGUUGAUAUUGUUUUUACAACAAAUGUCUUGUUUGAAAUUCUGUUUGCAAUAGGUGUUAUUUUAGUAUUCCUAAUUUUUAAAAAAAGUUUUCAAGUUCGAUAAAGGUUCCAUGUUAGAGUAAAUCAUGCGUAGGUGUUAGUAAGAUUAAUUGAACAUUAAUGGGAAGUCGGAUUUAUUAAGUUAGACAGGAAUGUAUGGUAUGCUAUUCAUAAACCUGUUACUUGUCGCAUAAUACACAUUUUUCAGAUUA